AACAAAAAAAAGAAAAAAAAAGAAAAUUAUUAUCACCUGGUAAGGGUCUCUCCGCGGCGAAGGGCUUCUGGCAACAGUGCUCCUCCAGUCAGCUGAUCGACGUCAACAAAGAUGGACCCGAAGUUGCGUUUUGAUGGGAAGGUUGCUAUUGUGACCGGGGCUGGAGGCGGUCUCGGCAAAGCUUACGCCCUCCUGUUUGGUUCGCGCGGUGCCAAGGUGGUUGUAAAUGACUUGGGCGGCAGCAAGAAGGGAGAGGGAAGCAGUUCGAAGUUGGCAGACCAAGUGGUUGAGGAGAUUCGGAAUGCAGGUGGGGUAGCAGUAGCCAACUACGACUCUGUUGAAGAUGGCGAUAAGAUAGUGAAGACGGCGCUGGAUAACUUCGGCCGAGUGGACAUCGUGGUCAACAAUGCUGGUAUCCUGAGAGACAGGUCUUUUGCACGCAUCUCGGACACAGAUUGGGAUCUGAUCCAGCGCGUGCACCUGAGGGGUUCCUUCAUGGUGACGAGGGCAGCCUUCCCCGUCAUGAAGGAGCAGAAAUUCGGGCGCAUCAUCAUGACCGCCUCCACGUCCGGCAUUUACGGCAACUUCGGCCAGGCGAAUUAUGGGGCGGCAAAGCUUGGUCUACUCGGCCUGAGCAACACAGUCGCAAUUGAAGGACGCAAAUAUAACAUCCACUGCAACACGAUUGCCCCCGUGGGUGGAACGCGCUUGACGGAAGGCAUCUUGCCCCCUGACUUGUUUGACCAGCUAAAGCCUGAGUAUGUGGCCCCACUUGUUGCCUGGCUCUGUCAUGAGGAGUGCGAGGACACGGGAGGCCUUUUUGAAGCGGCUGGCGGAUGGUACGGAAAGUACAGAUGGGAGCGCACCCAAGGGCAUUUUUGCAGGAAGUACAUAGAGGAAGAGGUGACCCCAGAGGCAGUUCGCGACAACUGGGAGAAGAUCACGGACUUUACCGAUGCCUACCACCCUGCAAGUAACCACGAAGACACAGGGAUAUUAGCUGCUGGUUUACAAGACUUGAAACCAUGGAAGGAGGUUCAGCCCAAACCUGCCUCUGCAACAGGAGCAGUUACAUCAGGACCUAUGUCAGCGCUUGGUGCCAAAGUAGAACCCACGAGCUUCACCUACGCUGCCAAAGAUGUCAUCCUCUAUGCCCUUGGAGGAUGGGCUGUUCCUAUCCAGGGUUUACAAGACUUGAAACCAUGGAAGGAGGUUCAGCCCAAACCUGCCUCUGCAACAGGAGCAGUUACAUCAGGACCUAUGUCAGCGCUUGGUGCCAAAGUAGAACCCACGAGCUUCACCUACGCUGCCAAAGAUGUCAUCCUCUAUGCCCUUGGAGUGGGUGCUUCGGUGCAGGACGAGAAUGGCCUCAAGUUCCUGUAUGAGAAUGACGAGGACUUCACCCCCCUGCCCACCUUCUCCGUCGUGCCUUCACAAGCGGUCAUGUUUGGCGGCAAUCUGUGGAGCAAUAUUCCCGGAUGGACUGUGGAUCUGACCAAGCUUCUGCACGGAGAGAUGUACAUCGAGUGCGUGAAGCCCCUCCCCCCCUCAGCAACGCUCAACACGUCCUUGGAGGUGGUCGAUAUUCUGGACAAGAAAUCGGGAGCAGUCAUGAUCAUAAACACUCAGACGACUGACGAGAGCGGUGAGAUGGUGGCGAAAGCCCAGUGGUCGACCUUCCUGGUGGGAGAAGGCAACUUUGGCGGCCCGAGGAAGAGCGACCGCGUCGUGCCCCUCUGCGACCCUCCCAGCAGGAAGCCCGAUGCCACGGAGGAGUUCAAGACGGAUGCGGAUCAACCUGCCUUGUAUCGGCUGAGUGGCGAUCGCAAUCCUCUGCACAUCGACCCCUCCUUUGCCGCCAUGGGAGGGUUCCAGCAGCCCAUCCUCCACGGCCUGUGCUCCUACGGGAUUACCUGCCGCAUCAUCUUGAAGCAUUUCUGCGGCAACGACGUCAGCAAGUUCAAGUCCAUUAAGUGCCGUUUUGCCAAGCCAGUGAUCCCAGGUCAGACCCUUGUCGUCAACAUGUGGAAGGAAGGGGCACGCGUUUUCUUCACCUGUUCUGUCAAGGAGACGGGGAAGGACUGUCUGACAGGUGGCUAUGUGGAUAUUGCGGAAAACGGAGCCCCCACUGAAUCCGCGUCCACUCUGUCUAAGCCAGAGCUCGCCAGUGCAGCUGUCUUCCACGAAAUGUCGCAGCGUCUGGCUGGCGAACCGGACAUGGCCAAGAAGGUUAAUGCUGUCUUCCUGUGGAACAUCAGCUUGGACAAGAAGCCGGCCGGGCAGUGGACGGUCGACCUGAAGAAUGCCCCAGGCUCCAUCUACGAGGGAGCGCCGCGCGGUGGACUCAAGCCUGACGUCACCCUCACCCUAGAGGACGCCGAUAUGGUUGCCAUGGUGACGGGGAAGCUCAAUGCCCAGAAGGCCUUCAUGUCCGGCAAACUCAAGGUCUCGGGAAACGUGAUGCUGACCCAGAAGUUGCAGGGCCUGUUGAAACCCCAGGCCAAGAUGUGAAGGGGGGGUUAGUGUAGAGUUGGACGGGCAUUAGGGAGUGAGGGGGAGUGGUUGGAGGGGGGGAGGAGGAGGAGGAGGAGAGGAGGUGGGUGACGAUGCAUUUAACUGUGGAGGAUGUCGGGGCCAGGAAGGUGGUUAACUGUUAUGUUUUGGUAACUUUUCCCUUUUAUAGAUUUGUAUUGGUUAUUAGUUGAAUGUGUAUGCACACGCAUGCACACAUACGCUCAUAUAUACAUGCACACACACACACACACACACACACACACACACACACACACACACACACACACACACACACACACACACACACACACACAUGACACACACACACAUGACACACACACACAUGACACACACACACACAUGACACACACACACACAUGACACACACACACAACACACACACAUACACACAUUCAUAUGUACACGCACACACACCCACAUGCACAUGCACACAUAUACUUACCACACGCUCAUACACAGACACAUGUUCUUACGUAUACAUGUAGUUGCAAACAUAUUGUGAAGAAGUAGGUUGUAACACUUUUUUUUUUUCAAUAUGAACCUUUUAAGUUGUUAUUAAGAAAACAUUGUUUUCAUAAGAGUAUAAAAUUUAUUUGAGAUUUUGAAAUAUCAUUUAUCAGAUUUUGUUUUAAAAUAUAUUCACAUAGUAAUAAUUAAUUUUAAAAUGCUGUAUUAUUUUAAAUUACGAUAUUACCCAAACCCAUUCCUAAGGUUCCAGCGUUUUGCAACAUGGUUUUAAGGAAAAAUUUAAAUCAUUUUAAACAUUUAAAUGCAUUUUUGUUAUGUUGUCAUACAAAGAGAUACAUAUACAAACUUUUUAUUCAGUUUCAUUAUGUCUCAUGUAAACUUUGCAGUAUUCCUAGCAGAUUGUAAGUGUUUCUCAGGAAUUUCAGGUCAUUAAUUUGGGAUAUAUUAUGAAACAUAUUCAUGAUUAGAAGCUGAAAUAAAGUCUUAGAGUGACAUGGCAAUAGAAGAAAUAAAAAAGGUGCAAUAUGGUUGUAACAAUUUUGCAAAGAAAGAAUGAAAAGGGAAAAGGCAUGAGGACAUUAUUUAGGUUUUAUUUUUCAAUAAGAAGUUACUUUGGCUGAAGCUGCUGUUUCAUCUUUGUAAUAACAGUGUGGAAUACUUUGCUUUUUCCUCAUCAGGUUUCUUGGUGGCAUUUACCGUCGGCUGUAAUAAAGCACAAAAUGAGUAUCAGCCUUAAUCGGAUGUUUUGAAACUACAGAUACUCACAAGAAGCUCAGUACUGCAUUUUCAUUGAUAUUUCAGUUUUGUUCAUAUAAUUGAAUCGUAGAAGUUUCUCUUUUGUGCACAUUUCCUAACAGUCUCGGUCACUCCGUCAGUUACUCGAGCAAUUGCACAAGUUGUACAUACGCCAAGAAUGAGUAUGAUAAAGAAUUUGAUCCUAUUAGACCUCAGUUAGUUUGUGAAUGAUUUUAUGUUUAGUGAGGAUAUUUGUCUCUUGUCUUGGCUUCUGAUCUUGUUAAAAGUAAUUGUUCUGUGAAUUGAACAGCAUUUCGAGAAUUAAGUGAAUGUGAGUAGGGAGUAAAAAAAGAUAAAAAAGUGAGUUUUAAUAUUUUUCUUUUAGUUAUGUACUUGUUAAAGAGAUUUUAUGUAGGGAAAUCAAUAAAAUUCCUAAUAUGU